GUUUGCUUUCAUUUCCUCUUUUCGAUCUCCACUUCCUUUUAAUCUCCCUUCUGCCCAUCUUUCUUUUUGUAUGUAUAUGUCAUUCUUCUCUUAAAAAAGUUACCUUUUCCACACAGUUUUUUCUUUUCACCUUCUCUUCUUCUUAUUCUUCUUCCUACCACCAUCAUCAUUUCUGCCAUGUUGUGUAUUUGAUUCUUUGCAACUUCAUUUUAUGGUUGGAGAGCAUAUUUUGGAAAAAGCCUUUACUUUUGUAUUUGAUACAGAAAAGAGCUUUGACAUAUUUGAAAGGAAAUUUGAAGGACUGUUUACCUGGUGAAUCACUGGUCUAUAAAUUACAAGUUGCUCACCAAGGAUGGGUGACCACUUUGUUUUUCUGGUUGAUCAUCUUCUCACAGAAUCAACUCUUGAGACUGCAAUUCAAAGCAGGAAACCGAAACAGGCGGUUCAGUCUGGGGUGGAGGAGGACAUAAGUCGGGCAUGCUUGGAUUCCGUAGCGGGUAUGCCGCUAAGGAAGAUAGUUGAGUGCAGGAUUUGUCAAGAUGAAGAUUUGGCUUCAAAUAUGGAGACUCCUUGUUCUUGCUGUGGUAGCUUGAAGUAUGCACAUAGAGACUGUGUACAAAGGUGGUGCAAUGAGAAAGGGGACACGGUGUGUGAGAUAUGCCGACAGAAUUUCCAGCCUUGUUAUACAGCACCGCCUCCUCAGUUUCGCCCUCGGAAUCUGCCUACAAGCUCAAGGGGAAAUUGGGGAAUUAUUACUAGAAGAGAGUUGAGUAAUCGUCAUCUGGUCGCAGUGGUGCCGAGUGAUCAGAAUUUCUCCAAUUCUGCCUAUGAUGAUUAUGCAAUCUCUUCAUCGAGAAGCAUAUCAUGUUGCCGUUCAAUUGCCAUUAUAUGUGUGAUUCUUCUGGUAUUACGGCACACUCUUCCAAUCAUAGUUAGUCAAGACGGGGACUAUUCCUCCCCUUUGGUAAUUUUACUGCUUCUAAGAAUCACUGGGAUUGUUCUCCCUGUCUACAUUAUAUUCAAAGCAGCGACGUCUUAUCUCCGCCACAUUUAUCAUCAGGCUAGUAUGCCCAUUUCUCCUGAUGAAGAAUCUGGAUACUACUAGCUGGUGUUGUGAGUGCCAUCAAUAUUCAUCAAACCUCUCCUUGUAUAGCUAAUCAUUUCUACUGAAACAAGCCAGCUUCCCGCUAUUGCACUGAAAUGUUUAUCUGCUAUCAAUUUGUUCAACAAUAUAUGGCUUUGGGGUAGAAAUUUGUUCAACAAAGUGGGAAGCAUGAAUACUGUAGAAGAAAUAGCAGGUUUAUGGGUCAGAAAUGGAGAAGUCUAUUUAUAGAUCAGAUGGUAUCAGAAGGAAAAAUAAGUAAGAACAUGUGGAUGAUGGAUCCUAGGUGUCGUGAAAUGGUGAUACAGAAAUGUACAGCUUAGCAUAGGUGCUAAAUCAUAGUCUUUUGUAUAUAAAACAGAACAUAUCAAAUAUAUGGGCCAAAAGAAAUUGUUAUUUUAAUCUCCUGAAUACCAAGCUAAUCAAACAUCAGAGGUGAGACUUUAAAUAACUCAAGUUUAGCCAUUGUAUAUCUGUUGCAAGUGAUGGAAGUCAAACCACACAAGUACACAGCAUUCUCACCCAAAGUGACACAAAAAAU